AUUAUACAGUAUGUGACUUGUACUCGAGUGCAUCAGUCGUUCGAAUUGGGUCCGCACAGAGAGAGUAUUAGUUGUAAGUGGAGGUGCCACAUCAUGGCCACACGGCCUGAAUGGGUGGUUACUAAUACCAUCCGUAGUGAUGCUAAAUGUGUGGCAAUUUCCACAAGGAAUACCACCUAAUCCGCAAAAAUUCCUCUCAACACAAAAUUUUUAAAUUGCAAAUCCAUCGUGCCCACCCUGAGGACUCUCACAGUGAAGUUGUGCACCACGACUGGACCAUAUAUAGACUGUAUACUUGAUUUCCGGUGCCGCGUUAUUACCUAAGCUCUCCUGUCCUAACCGUCGCGCCAUAGUGCUCCCGUUUUUUUCCUCCUCCUCUUACGUACAGUGUUCAUCAACCCAGGGGAUUUUAGUAGUGCUUUUGAGAACAAAAUAUUUUUUUUUUAAUAAUUUACCAAGAAAAUAAAAAAAGAAAAAAAAAGUGUUGAAGUGUUGAACGAAGAGGGGAGUUAGUUGAUGAAAUUCAAAAAUUGAAUUUCAUUCAUAUUGGAAGUGAAACAAUCCCUGUUGGACGUUGUAUAAGGGUUGAGAAAAGAAGGAAAGAAGGGGUGAUAAGGAGAGAAAAAGAGGGAGAGAAGAAGAAGCAAUCUUGUGAAAAAAAGGGGGCUGAACACGAAAAAAAAAAGUGGGGAAGUCAGUUGAAAGGUGAAUGAAUGUCUUGGCACAAAGCAUCUACUUUCUGAAUUGAGGAUAAGCGGCGGGAAAAAAGGCGGCUAAAAAGUUUGUAACCAAGAAAAAAAAGGAGGCUUUAACGACUUCGUUGUGUGGGGAACAGAGUCAAACCCUCACCAGGUACGUAACCCCCUUUCAAAUCAUUUUUGUUACGGGCGUAAACACCAAACCUUGGGCUUCGGGAGUGACGUCAAUUGAAGCGUAUGUGGUCCAUGCUAUAAGAAGCAAAGCAAAUAGAGAGUCAUCAGAGGAUUUAUAUCGACGUAGAUAGAAAGGACACCGCUAAAUGCUUCUAAGGCGACUUGUAGAUCCGCUAAUAAUGAUCCACAGAAUACUGAUAGCUCCGCAUUCAGUACCCUUCUGACUCAUAUUCUACCACAAUUGGAUAGCAUAACCUUGGGUCUAGAACCUCCUACAACAGGCAUUCGCAUCCUCGUAUACUAGAACUCCUGUACCCAGAAUAGUCAAGCCUACGCCAUCCUAGUCAAAGCAGAGACUGAAUAACAACAAAAAAACAAAAAAACUAACCCUGAAACCGCCUAGAGAGCACAUCAAGGACUUUUUUUUUUCUAGUGAAAAGUGGUGCUGAUUGAGAGAAAAAAUCUCACAAAUUCAAAUAAGGAUUGGUCAAGGGGGAAGAAUUAAGAGGACUUACCCUCCCUCCCGUUGUGUUGCAUUAUAAAUCAAAAUUACAGUGUUUCAGGAGUAAAGGGACAAAAAAAGGACAUUGUGUUGCACCACAAAAAAAAAGCUUAGCAGGAAGUAAAAUUAUUUCCUUCUCUACACAAAGCACGAAGGAGGAAAAAGAAAAGAAAAAACAGAUCCCAAAAGAAAAGUCGAAUAAAAGGGAUGAAGAGACUGUGUUUCGUCAUCUUCCAUUAAACUUGAAUUGCAUUCUAGGCUGCAAUUUUGUGUGUGUGUGUGUGUAUUUGUGUGACAUUAUACACAACUUCCGUGUCCCAGGAGGAAGUUGCAAAAGAAGUUGGCCUAUGCCAAAGACACUAAAGCUCUCCCCACAUGCAAAUGUUAAUGCAAAAGUGAAUUCUUCAGUGGAAUUGACUUGAGAAAAUAAAAAAAGAACUGAUUCACAGUAAUAUUAUAUACCUAUAUAAUUGCUCUGGUGUCCAUUAUAUACUUAUAUAUUAAAAAAAGAAAGCUCUAUGCAAAAUUAGUUUAGUAGAUCAGCUAAACAAACAUUUAAAGAGCUAAAAAAACAACAUUUUGCGCAAAAGCUUUCUUCGGAAAAUUGCAAAAGAAAAAAAUAUUAAGUGUCUAUGAGCAUUUAAUGCCUAUUGCAUAAAAUCUUGCAUAAAGUUUGUGUUUUCAGUGUUUAUUUUUUUGCAUAAAGCAACAUAGAAAAUAUAAUAUCCCCAGUUAGGACUAUAAAGGACACUAGUCACACACAGGGGAUAAGAUCAAGUGUUUUAUAAAAAAGAAAAUUUUCUUUUGUAAAAGCUUCAAACAUAUAAGUGGAAUAUAUAGUGUUUUAUGGUUCCUAAAUGUAAGAUAGAAAGAUAUUAAUCACAUAUAUAGAUAACCACUCUGAUAGAAGGUUAAACCUCCCCCAAAAAGAAGAAGAAGAAAAAAGAAACUUUCAAACCCACCCCCUCGCUUCCUAUAAACACACAUUAGGCACACCCCUUAGAGACCUUAUUUGGCACCUCAGCAAGAAGUAAAGAAGAAAAAAAACAUAAAACAUUAUGCUGCGCGAAACACUGCAGACGUUAACCUGCUUGAGUGUCCUCAGUGGCACAUACUCCCUCCAUAUGGCCAGAGAUUCCUACCGUCGUGAUGAUCACAUGGGCGAUGUCCCUGUGCACACGGUACAGCAGGUGGUGGAGCAUGAUCAUCACGACAAUACCCUACCGCUGGAUCAUCGCCUAAUGCAUCCACUGGGCUUUCUGCCCGAGAUGCGAAGUAGUGAGGAUACGACAUAUGGUAGUGUCGACGCCACCUAUGGGCACGAAGUACCCCCCAAGGCCCUACAGGAGCUCUUCAAUGCAGACACCCUGGAUAUGCGGCAGAAGGAUGUGCAGAAAAAACGUACACCGAGCCAAGGCAAUUCCGGAUCCACCUCAACAUCCGGCAUCCCCAAUCUACCGCCCGUACCGCAUAGCAUUGCAAAUCAACUCAUGUUGCGUAGUGUACGUGGACAGAGGCAGUACGAUGUACCACAAAUAGAAUGCCCGCCUGCGAUGGAUGGGAUGGAGAGGUUUGCGUGUCCAACGCCGGACAGGCAAGGCCGGUAUCGAUGUAUAGACGAUCAUGUUCUAUGUGAUGGUUUCAUCGACUGUCCAGAAGGUGAAGAUGAAGACCGACAAGCCUGUAUGUUUUACAAAACGACGAAAGCUCACCUGGAUGUGUUAGCGGACGCCCUGCUACGGUGGGCAAGAGGGCGCUAGGACGGAACUGAGACUUCUGAUGUUAACGUAAAUCCUAAAAAUGAAAACCAACAUUAAGGUUAAAUACACUUUAAAAAAAAAGGUGAAGUAAAUAAGAUGAAAAAAUGGGUGUAUUUAGAUCAGAAAAAAAUCAUACAUAUACAAUUUCCAACCAAAAAAAAAUGAAACCUAAAUAUCAAUAAAUCAUUCACAAUUUACACCACACCUUCUAACAUACAGAAUCCCUGUUUUUUUUGUUUUUUUUGUUUUAAUUGCACACACAUUUAUACAAAAAAAAUCAUUUUAAUGAUUACCAUCUCGUGUAGGAGAUUGAGAAAAAAAUUCAAAAUUAAAAAAAAAAGAUAAAUUUCAAAAACAUUCGAAAAAAAGAGCUAACACAACUCCCCUUGCUUGAAAAUGUUUUUGUCCUCCACGAUACACAAUUUUCUAUUUUUUUUUAAAUUUUAUUUUAUAUUUUUUAAAUAAUGUGAAAGAAAAACAUUUACACGACACUCUAAAAAAAUGAAAAAAAAAACUUAAACCGACACUAAAACUUCCUGACGAGAUAGUGAAAAUAGAAUCACCUAUCAAUUACUUAUUAAUACGUUAUGUAUAACCAGUAAUGAAAGAAAAACCUAUUCUCAUGGAUAUGGCAGCUAUCUGUAGAUAAGUAUAAAGAAAAUUUAUUAAAUUAUUAUUACUUUACUAUUUAUAUAUGAGAAAAACAAGAAAAAAAAGUAUGAACUUAUCUAUAAAUUAACAAAUUUUUGCGAUUUAUUAAAAAACAAAAAAAAUGUGAAAAGAACUUUUAAAAUUAAUUAUAUAAUGAUAAAAAAGGAUGAUGAUAAAAAAAAUUAACAGAAAAGAGAUGGAAAAUGAUAUUGAAAAAGAAAUUCUUAACACAUAUUUCAAUAUUUCAUUCAUCUCUAAGCUAUUUAUUAAUAUAUUUAGAAAAAAAAACAAUAUUUUAGUGAAAAGAAAAUUUAAUUUUCUUACUUUUAGCUCUUUUUUUAUUAAUUUAUUUCUUUUCUUUUAUAAAAAAAAACAUCUUAACUUUUUCUAUCCAAUAAAUAAAUGAUUAUAUAUCCUCAAAAUUGACUUCUCGAUAUUUGAUCAUGCAGACUUUAAUUGGUUGUGGUAUAUUGAAAAGAAAUCUUCUAUACAAAGUAAUUUUACAAAAUGAAAGUCUUAAAAAAAAUACACAGAAGCUGAAAUUUAAAAUAAAACUAGAAAUACGCAAAAAGAUUUCAAAAAAAAAUCUCCAUUUGAAUUAAAUUAAAUCAUCAUUUCUAUCAUGAGACUAUUUCUUCUCAUACUUUCAAAUGUGAGAAGGAGAAAAAAACGAUCAUUUACCUUUCACAAUUGACAUUGGCAUUGGCGUAAAUAAUUAACAAAUUUACAAAUAUUAAAUUGUCUGCAAAACCUCAAACCGAGCAUAACUUUUUUUGAGUUUUAUCAAUAAAACAAAAUAUUACGGAAUUUUCAUUAAAAUAUAAAGGGAAAAUGCGUCAGAAGGAAAACGGUGUUGGCGUAAAAUGCGAAAAAUUCUAACCUAACUUAUAAUUUUGGUGUUAAAACUGAAUUUGAGGUUAUGGUACGUAACAAAAAUACUUCGGCUUGGUUUCGUUUCUAACCUAUUUUGGUAGAAAUUUUGUAAACUUUCUCAUGCUUCAUUCUACUGCUUACGAGUUCUUUUACAACUUUUACACAUAACCUCAAAUUUUCAAUUAAAAUUUUUCAUAAAUUUUACCUAACCUAACUGUUUGAGGUUUGAAAUUUCACAUAAUCCCUAUGAUGAGAUUAUUUAGACCUUUGUAUUCUUUUUUCUUUCUUUAGUUUCUAUCUGUGUUCUACAAAAUUAAUGAAAGUAAAAUUGACUUUGUAUCACAUAACCUCAAAAAUCGUUUAUUGACUUUUUUAAUUGGUUAAUCAGUUAAUUAAUUAUAAAUUCAAUGAUUACGUAAGUAAUUUAUUAAUUAACCAAAUGAUUAAUUAUUCAAUAGUUUAAAUUUCCAUAAAAAAUUCUCUUACGCUUACGCCGUCGUUUUACUUCUUACGCCCUUCACUUACAACGUCACGUGAAUUCCCUAAAUAUUAUUCUUUUCAAAACAGUUUAAUUAAGAAUAAUAAAUAGCAGAGAAACCUUAUUUUGUUCCUUUGCAAAGUUUAAUUUUUUUUUCAAAUAUAUCCGGCAAGGGAAGAAACACAAAAUUAAAUUAAAAAUAUAAACAUUGUCAAUGACAAUAAAAAUGAGUAAAAAAAAAGUCACAUUUUGAAGAAACUGAACAUCAAAUGUAAAUAACUAUUUUUAUAGGAAUUUUUAAGAAUUUUUCCAAAUUGUUUUAAACACUACACUUCAUUGAAAAAACUGACAACAUACAUUUACUUUGUUUUACAUAAAUUUUUAUUUAAAUGAAUUUUUACAUAUUUUGUUUUUCUUUUUGAAUUAUCCAUUUCCCUUGGUGUGGGGGUGGGAUUGUGAAGCAAAUGAAAAUUCAUCAAUAAAACAUGGCAUAAAGACAUAAAUUAAAAAUGAAAUUAAACAAGACAAAAAACCGUUAAAAGAUCUAACUAUGAAAUCCAUAAAUUGUUAUACUAUAAAUCGGCCUAAUAUAUAUAUUUUCUUGUUACCUUAAAAAGAAAAGAAAAUGGAAAAAAUAACAAGGUACAAAUGCUUGCGAACAAUUUCUCAUAGAAUAGAUAAUAUAUUUUUUUGGCCUAUUUUUCUAAAAAAAAAUAAUAACUUGUAAUAAAUUUUUAUAUACAAAAUGAAAACAAUAUGGCUUAUCUAAAUAAGUGAAAAAAAUAACAAAAAAAGAGUUCUAAUAGGCCUUAUGAAUGGGAGAGGAAAAAAAGAGACGAAAUGAAUGAACAAAAAAAAACACUCUAAAAGUAAUUGUGAAAAAUGUUAAUUAAUUUUCAUUUGCUUCAGAAUUUCACUUUUGACACUUCUCCCCAUCCAUGACACUUGUUUGACAUAAGCAAAGUUAAAUGUGCUUUUAUUUAUUUAUUUAUUAAUUAAAAUAAUGAAUUAUAAAACAGAAAUAAUACUGCAAUGAGAGACAAAUCAAUUGUUAUGACUUACGCUAGGGCAAAACAUAAGACUCUGUUGAUGUUUACCUUCCUUAUUUUUCUUUAUUUUAAUUAAAUAAAAUGAAGGUUAUGUCUUUGAAAAUAACAAUGAAAACAUAGAAUCGAGUUGAUAAAAAAAAAACUUUAAGCAAACGAGAAAAGUUCCCCGGCCUUAUUUUAUGCAAAAUGAACUUGCAACUGUCACCAAAUGUGACAGAACUUUUCAUCUGACAACGCGCAAUGUGACAGAUGUCACUGUCAUCAUCAUGACAUCUCUAUGUCAUAAUCUCAAUUUUUUCCAAAAAAACCAGCACCAAAUUAAAAUUUAUAAUAGUCUCACACUGACCAAUAUUUUUUUUAUUAUCACAAAUUGUUCUUUUUGCACUUUUUUGCACCACUUUGCACCAAUUUUGUGAUAUAAACUUUGCUAUAAACUUUCAGUGUUUACAAUGCAUCAAAUGCAGACGCGAGGAGCGUUUAUUUGCUAACAAAAAUAUACGUUGAAACCGUUGAAACAUACGAGGAGAUGGUAUUAUUGUAUCGUAAAAUUCCCUCUAACCAAGUUCUCAAAUCCAUUUAAAGUACAACACUUUAUUUGCAACUUGAUGGAAAAUUCAUGGUUUUUUAUACCCACAAGGUUUAGUUUUUUUUGCCUUGAGGAAGCUCUUAUUUGUCGUUUUAUUUUCCCGCUUAAAUGCUCCACUCAAUAAAUAUUUUAUUUCAAAGGUGGGUGAUUGAAAAGGGAAAUUGAGCAAAGUAAUAUAAGAAAAAAAAAGUUGAGCUUUCGCGCAUUUUUUUCUCAAUAAACUGAAGGUAAUUUUGAGGGAAAAAAUAAUAAAUUUACGAUAAAAUAAAAUUUGGUUUUAGUGUUAUUAAGAGCAAAAAAAAUGAGAAAAAAUUGCCUUUUGAAAAAUUUAAAUGCAUUCGAUUAACAAGUUUAAGAACUUCUUAAGCAAAAUUUCAAGAAUUUUGAUUUAGAAUUCACAUUUCUAGACGAUUUUGAAGUCAAACUUCGAAAAAAUAAGAUUCUUAGAUAUAUCUGGGUUAGUAUGCUGCUAAUUUCAUGUUGAUUAAGGAAAAUUCCACAACUAAAUGAACAGAGUUUAAUUGAAGAAUUUCCUUGGAAAAGCGAGCUAGAGGGCUCUAGAAAAGAGCUAGAGUUUAAUUUUUGUCAAAAUAAUUUCAAAUACAGAAAGGAUUUAUUUUUCAAUUAUUUAAAUAGGAAGUUUUGUAAAAAAAAAAAUUAGUAAAAUUACACCAAAAACUAAUUUUUGAGAAAGGAGGAUAAUCCCCAAGAAACGACAACCAAGACCACUGAAGAAGGUCCGCUAUUAAAGGAUAUUAAAGAAGCCUUUUAGGUUGUACUACAUAUUAAGCGACAUAAGAGUCCUUAAAAUUGUCAGAAUUUCUACAAAAAUUUGAUCAAUUUCAAGAAUUUCUUGGUCGCUGAAUUAUUUCCUAACUUCCCAAUUCGAGCAUUCUUACUGAAUUUAUUUUUAGUGAGUAAGAAAUAGCCCCAGUUUCCCCUAUAUUUUAUACAAAUAUGCUCAUGAAGCGUAUUUCGCUGACCCAAAAACCAUAUCGUGAAAAGAAUCCUCUGUGCCAUUGUUGAUUGUUGCAGACAAUGAACCACCCAUCCAUCCGGCCCAUAAUGUCCCUAUUUUGGAGCUUAAUGUGCCGCGGCUUGUUGCAUAAAUUUACACACAAUUCUGGCCAAAAAUAUUUUCUCCAAUUGAUUUACAACGAGCCCCCGCCUUCAUUUUUAUGCAUUAUUAUGUGUACGAUUCGGGCAACAUAUUGGGGUGAUUUUACUGCUCGAAGGAUCCCCCAAACCACCCUUUUGGGCGUCCCUUAGAGCGCGGGGUUGUUGUGCACAUGAAAAGGGUUCAACAGAAUGAUGGAGACACUUUGGAUGAGGCAAAAUUGGCAAAUAUAAAUUUUAUUGAUGCUCAGAUUUGAGUAAAUCACACCACACGAAUACAUCCGCCGCAAUGGACGUUAAUCAUCAAUCCCACCCCCCCCCCCUCGUCUCCUGACCAGCCGUAUAUGACCGCUGUGAGUACCUCCAAUAAAUGGUGGGGAAGUUGCGGAGGCGGCAGAUGAGAUUUGUCGGAUGAUUCUCACGGCAAUCCUUAUCGUAAAUGCAACCCCCACAUUAGAGGCCCAUCAAUAAAGACUAGGACGGGAUAAUUGCGUUGAAAAGCCACGAGACAAUUGAUCAAUAAACUGGUGGGAAAUUCGAUUGGGCUAAGCCUUAUGCAGACAUUGGGGUGAUUGUGUAGCUGCAGAAGGCAAAGACCUCACACAGUGGUGGUCAAGAAGUGGGUCACAAUCGGGUCAUGGUCAAAAUGUGACAGUGUGGUAGCUUCAAAUUAAAGUUGAAUUAUUAAAAUGAGACGAAAUGUUUCAUCAAGCUAAAUUCCUCUUUCACAUCAACUUUUCGCAACGGAAAAUGCAAAAUUCCACGAAUUAUUCGACAUUUAAUUGCGUGUCUUUUGUAUUUUGUUUAUAGAUGGCUUUAAAGCCCGGAAAUAUAUGUUGAAAAUCUCUUUUAAGUUCGGUUAAAGUUUCCUUAAACCAGACUGUAAUAUUUUAAACCAAAAUCUUUAAUUUUUUAGGACGAGCUUUAGUUUUUUUUUUCAAUCAUGUUUUGAAGGUUAGUUCAGAUUGAAUUGGUUUUGAAAUGAUUCAAUCGGACUUAAAAAGCAUACUUAAGUUCAGUUUAAAGAAAUUUUAAGAAAAGAAACUGAAGCUAAGCAAAAAAAACAUAAAUCUGGCUUAACCCUAAAGUUCGGUUUAAGAAAACAUUAGCUUAUGAUUAAUCAAAAUUUAAGCCAAAUUUAAGAAAAUUAGAUUUGGUCUAAAAGUUUGUUAUGACUUAAGAAACUAAAGCCAUAGCACAAAAACUUAAUUCUAGAUUAAAAACUGUAGAAUGGUUUAAGAAAAUUGAAGUCUGGUUAAUGCAAACUUUAACUUACGGUUAAAUAAAACUAAAUUCUGACACAAAAAAAUAAGUUUGGCUUAAAAAGUUAAGCUCGACUCUAAAACUAAAGCCUAUUCGAAAAUCUGGCUUAAAACUUGAAGCCUGGUUUAAGAAAACUUAACCCUUAUUUUAAAAAAAAACUUAAAUUCAUUAAGUGUUCAUUAAAAAGCUUCAGCCAUAGCUCAAAAACUUAAUUCUAGAUUAAAAACUGAAGAAUGGUUUAAGAAAAUUUAAUUCUGACAAUCAAAAAAAUAGGUUUGGCCUAAAAAAAUAGGCAUGAAUCAAAUAAACUAAAGCCUAUUCAAAAAAACUUAAAUCUGACUUAAAACCAGGUUCAAGAAAACUUAAGCUUUGUUUAAGAAACUUUAAUUUGGCAUUAAAAUUUAGGCCUUCAAUAAAAAAAACUUCAGCCAUAGUUCAGAACAUUUAAUUUUAGUUUAAAAACCUGAUGGAGCAUUUAUUAAGAUAUAAGCUUGGAUUAAAAAAAAAACUAAGGCUUAUCUUUGUAGCUAAUUUUACUCAUAGAGCUGAUUUCGGCAAAGAAUUAAUAGUGUGGGAUCUUGGUAUAAAUCUUAUUUGAAGAACAAACAUUUAUAAUUUUAAAAAAAAUCAUUUCUUACGCUUACAGAAACUUAGUUACUUUACGUAUCCUCUUACGCUUUCAUGUGAGUUUCCUGUCGAAUUUCGAACAAACUUUCGCUUUAAUAAAACUUUAACAUCUAUUUUAAAUCAUAUCAAAAUGUUAGUUUUCUUUAUCUAAAAAAGACCAAAGAGCAGCAGACAAUGCAAAAUUGUUGAAUAGCCUUCCAUUUCAUUGGAGAUAUGAAAGGUUGAAUGAAAGGAGAAUUUCCAUGCUCGGAAGGCGAAUGAAAAUUGUCUUUAGAGAUAAAUGGUUCCGAUCAGAAAGCAUCUCGUCAGAGGCAUUGAGGGUGGAAAGGUCAAUUGCACUGACACAGGGGGCACCUUGUAUUUGUACAACGAAUGAAUGAAGCAAAAUGGGCCAUAAGGGGUUGGUCAUAGAGCAAUAUGGGUGUGGGUGUUGGGAGUAUAAAUGGUCAGGCAUCACACAAGUUGAUCAAUUCAGUAGAGGAUGUUGAUAAGACGGGUUGAAUGGAGGGCUGGGGGCGGGAAAGGAGGGAAUAACAGAGUGAAAAUUUCUCACUUUAUUGACGGACAUGAAGGGUUGGAUUUUUACUGCGCCUUUCGCAUGGGCAAAAGGAGUUCCAGCCCCUUCUCCUUCACUCUCUCCACCAACUCUGACACUUGCCGGUCGAGGACCUUUUGCAACCCCACAAGUUUGGGGGGAGGCAAUGUGAAUUUAUAUUUUGCGAAAAUAUGGAAAAAGGAAGGAAGAAAAUUUCCCACUUUCCCCCGUCUUUUUCUCACAGGAAAAUGUUGAUAAAUUUUCAAUCAACUGGUAAAUCUAAAAGUUUAAUUGGAAAAUAAAUGAGAAAUAUAUUUUGAAGGGGGUUACAUACAAGUCAAAAGUUCACUGUAUGUGGGUGGGGCGAAUAUAUUGUUUAAUUUAGAACAAUGCUGAUUAAAAUUUGCAUUGAGAAGAAAUUAAAUGACUUGGGGCAAUAUUUUAUACGCGGGCAGUGUUUGUAAUCAAACAAACGAAUAUAAAUUGCGUUGAGUAUACAAUGGAGCUCUUCUUUUUACCGGAAAAACAUUGAAAAAGAACAUUUUGAAUAAAUUAUAAUGGAGACUCACGCAAAAAUGUAAAACUGCGUAAAGACAGAGUAAAGCGUAAGCUGAGUAAAAUAAGUAGAAGUAAACGUAAGAUAGAUUGCGUUUUAAGUAUGUGCAAUGUGCUAUGUUUGAUAGAAAUCGAAAGACGUUGUUUUCUUGGUAUUUUUUGUUUCAAUUUUUUGAGAGUUCUUCUUUUACUUAAGUGUGAGGUUAGAUUCCUUACGUUACAAAUAAUUAAUCAUUAUUAUUUUGUUUAACUUUAUCUAUAAAAAAAUUGUCAAGAAGUAUUCUUCUAAAAGAAACUUUUCUCCGAAUUGAAUGACAAAGGGACGUAAACCAAAAUUCACUGCGUAAUUGCGUUAAAGACCUAACCUCAAAUUUCAAAAAUCAAUUCUCCAAAGAGAAUCAUGUAAGGACUCUCUCAGGAGAUGAAAGACAUUUCGGGAGCGUCGCUAGACUUUACAGGAAACAGAAAGUCAGCUUACGCUCCCGGAAAAAGUUCAUUCUCAUGAAAAGUCAUUACAUAACCUCAAAUUUCAUUUCUUAUAAACUGAAAAAUAUAUUUUUUUAUCUUUAUCUAUUUUAUGUUAAAAAAAUAUAAGAAUAUUCAAUGCAGUAAACGAAUAAUAAAUAAAAAAAAAACAAUUAAUAAGUGAAUGAAACUUACGCUUACGCAAUUCUUUACACAUUCCAUUACAUUCUCAAUUGGAAUCCCCUGAAUAUCAAUCAUCUCUGCAAAUGCCAUAAAAACUGUGAGUCAAGGAGUACACCCCACAUAUCACAUAAAAGCUUCAGAGAGUUGAUUGAGUGGAAAAGCGCCGAAAGAAAAAUGAAACAGUACACAUGAGGAUUUGGCAUUAAACAUUGAAAGAAAGAAGAAAAAAAAACAUUAAUAGAAUUAAAAAUGUAUCCAAUAUCGAAAUUCUCCGCGGUGUUGUAUUUCAUAAUAUUUUUUUUUAAUACUUUUCCCUCCGCCGCAAUAAAAUGUCACAAAUUGCGAGAUAUCAAUUCCAAUAAUUUCUCCUCAAUACCUUCUCCAAGAUGGGCGGGAAGGACAAGGAGUAUCCCAUUGCUCUCGUCAAAAUAGAAAUUUAUUAUACUGAAGAGACGGCUACGAGGUAUAUUAUGCCAUCCACCAUUCACUGAUCAUUGGCACGCAUUUCACGUGACGCAGAAAAAAAGGUUAAAACACUUUGACCUCGGUGUGUUGGUGGUGUACUAUCUAUUCUCAUUAAUAUCAAUAUUGAAUACAGUGAGAAUGGGAGGAUAUGUUUACAAAACUUCCUUUUUCAGACACAUAAAACCUCAUUAUGAGAUGCUCACGAGAAAUUAUUUCUCGUGCCUGAUGCCAAUUUAGCGGGAAAAACUCGGGGAAUUACAUUCAAUGAAUUUACUUCAAUUGCGUCUCAUGUCUGCGAAUUAAAGGUGGACACUGUACGCACAGCAACAAUGUGUACCGAUACAGUGGUGGAAAGGAGUUUAGGGACAUAUAGUUAUUAGUUUAUGUGCACUAAACAAUACUAUUUGAUUGAAUUUGCUGAAGUAUCAGUACUGAAUAUAACUUUAUUUCCUCAUUACUUCCUUUUCUCUAUUUUAUAUUUUUUUACGUUCAACGUGUCAGAGGCCUGAGGAAGAUCGUAAAUAUCCCCGAAAUGUCUUAAGAAAUAUAAGCAGAAAAAAGAAUAUAUUUCGUGCAUAAAUCUCACGCAAUUUUUACUCACAAAAAUUACAUUAAUAAAUGAAGACCUCAAUGGACGUCGAAAAUAACGUCUUAACGAAAAAAUAAGUAAAAUAAUAAUAAUAAGAAUGUUCGAGAAACUUAUAAAAUAAAAUAAUAUUUGAAUUUGGCGCGCACUUAAAGUGGUGAAUUAGAGUUGGGAAAAUUAAGAAUGUGGGGAAAAAGACAGAUUAGACAGAUUUAGAUUUUGUGCCAGAUAUCUGCGUGAAAACUGUAGAAAACUGCUUAAAAGUCAAUAUUUAUUAUUCAAAAUGGCUGCCAUUUUGUAAUACCGUUUUUUCGUUUUAACGCUUUUCAUUUUUCAGAAUAUCAUUUAGAUAUUUUUGACAUUAUUUUCUAAAAACAGUCCAGAUUAAAAAUUCAUAUUUGUUUUUCUUCAUCGAAUUUUUACUGAUAUAGUGUUGAUUUCGACGAAAUUUUUAUCAUUUUUUUUUGUUUCUGUGCUCUUCUGUAUCGGAAUAUUUCCGAUUCCGAUCACUGAUAUCGUACUGAUUUCGACGAAUUGUCAAAAACGGUUUAGAUUCAAAUUUCAUUUUUAUUUUGAGAAAAAUAAGAGAAUUCAUAAAAUAAAAUAAUCAAAAACAUCUUAAAGUAAAAUUUGAAAUGUUUUAUUUUCAUUGGAAGAUCACUGAUGUACAGCUGAUUUCGACGAAAAAUUAUCAAAAAUAGCCUAGAUAAAAGUUUCUAUUGAUUUUCUUCAUUAAAACAUGGCUAACAUAGAGCAGAUUUUGAUAGAAAAUCCUUCAAAACAGUUCAGUAAAAAUUUUCAAUGUUUUUCCUUCGUUAAAAUGUAACUGAUAUACUACUGAUUUCGACGAAAAAAAUAUACACAGUAGCCUUGAUUCUUGAAUUUAUCUUGAUUUCUUUUUAAUUUAAAUAUUCAGCAAUAUUUUGGACUGAAAAUCUAAUCAAAUGGUUGUGAUUUAGGAUAAUCUGAAAAUUUCAGAAGACAAAAAUUCACGAAAAAUUUUACUCCGUGUGCCCCUGAAAUUAGGCAAAGUGGCAAAUUUACUAUUUUUUUUUUAAAUUUUUCAACAAAACUUUUGCAUAAUGAUAGAAGACUUUUGACACCAACUGUACGCAUUACAUCCAUUUGAGCUCUCAUAUGUCCACCCUGUGUGGAAUUCCUCGAGGAAUUCUCUUGAAGAAUUUCCCUUCAAUGGGGGGUUUUGGGUGGUCUUUUUGUGGGUGAAAUACUUCUGUAGGUUGUUGUGGUAGCGUGUGAAAGACAAAGAAAUCACUCGGCUGGGAAUGUCCCAGAGGGAGCAUUUAAAUUUCUCUAUGUAGCAUUUAUUCUCAAUGUGAAAUGUAGGUGUUAAAAAGGUGUAGAGGAGGAAGUGUUUGCAUUUAAAAAUAUAUAUAUUUUAUCACCUUCUAGGGAUAGGCGGAUGCGCCAAAAGAGGGUGGAAAAUUGAGUUUUUGAUGAGAAAAAAAUUAAAUUUAUAUUAAGGGUAGUUUUUUUUUGUGAUGGAGGGAAUAGUCUCCAUGCAAAAAACAUAUAAAUAAAGAGAGAAAACUAAAAUAUUAGAUGCACUUUUAAAUAUUUACUACAAUACAAAAAUUUAUUAGUAAAAUGGGAGAUAUUUUUGGCGGAGGCUGUGCUCAUUUUUGUAAAUUGAUUUGAAUUUUAAUUGAAUUUCUUUUAAAUUGAAUUUUAUUGAUAUUUUGUGGGAUUUUCUGAUAUGGUAUCGAAUGAUAUUUUAGACGAUUUUCAGCAUUUUCCCCGUCCCAUUUUCAUUUUUCCUCCCAAUUCUCUGGGCUGCUGAAUAAUAAAAUUGAACAUGAAUCACAAGAAUGGAGACGUAAACAUUGCAGGACUGAAGAAAAAUUGUUCAUAAUUUUAUUAUUCUUGGAAAGAUUGUCGUCAAAAAUAUCUGGAGCCAACGAUACUAUGUCACAAGAAGAGCAUUUUAUGGGUUAUAUUCUCUUUCCAAUGUAUUCUAAUAAUUUCCCUCCAUUGAUUUACCUAAAAGGACCUUCCCACGAGAUGUGGAGUUCCUCCUUUUUUCUCCCCAUUCAAAGGGCAAUAAACUUUGAAAAUUUUCUUUGAUUUUUUUCCUUAUAAAAAGAAAAGAAAAUCUACAAAAAUGAGCUCAUGCUGAAAAAUCUCCCCUAUGAAAAAAAAAACGAGCACAAAUUUUAGUCAAACACAUAAUUAAAUGAAUAAAAAAAAGCUAUUUAUUAAUGUAUUUUUGCACAAAGAAGAUUAUUCGCACGUAACAAUUAAAUAAAGAAAAUUUACAGAUAAUAAAAUUAAGGAGAAAAAGAUUUUAGAUAUUAAAGAAACAUAAAAAUAUCCUAAUUGUCUGGCUCCUUCUGGGUACCACCACGUGCAGAAGAGAGCUUUCUAUAAAGCUCCCAUUGGGAAAGCUUCGUGGAAUUCCAAUGAAAUGCUCAAUCUACUGAAAAAUUCACCACAAAAUCCUCCCCCAGGUUGUCUCACAGUGAACCAUAGCAAAAUGCAGACAUUGCGGGACGUGAGAGAAAUUGAUUUACCGUAUUUUACCAACUAUAAAUCGCUUUUCUUUUGUUUUCAAAUCAUUUUUUACACAAAUUGUAUUUUUUUCUUUAUUAUAAAAAAAAGAAGUUUAUCAGAAUCAGAGAAGAAUAAGAAAUUGCCAAAAAAAAUUUUUUCUGGGAAAAUGCAAACAAUGACGUCACAAUUGUAUUUCUUAUGGGACUAUCAUACUUAAGCUCCAAGUGCUUGAGCAUUUUAAACUUUAUGUGAGUGCAAGAGAGACAAAAAUGCUGUUAUUCUCGUUCAUUCACAUGUGAAAUCUUAAGCAUUAAGUGCUUAGAGCUUAGGUAUGAUAACUUCCAAAAUUUUAAACGCUUGAAGCAUUCGUGCUAAUGCUUCAUUGAUGAUCUAGAAUUGUUUUUAUAUUGAAAAAUUGACGUUUCGGAAUAGAAAAGUACCUUCUUCAGGCCAUAAAAUGAAUGAAUUUAAAACACGUUAAUAAAUAAAUUCCUAUUUCAUUUUCUUUUGCUUUCUUUGGUAUGCAAUUUGUAAGCAAUCAAAGCAAAAGAAGGCGAAUCAUGGUGUGAUUAGUGCUUUCAAAAUUCAUUCAUUUAAUGCCCUGAAAAAGGGACUUAUGUAUGUAGUUCGAAAUGUAACUUUUUAAAUUUAAAUCAAUUAAUCAAGUAAAAACUCGUCUUUUAAAAUGCUCGAUCAUCAACGAAGCAUUUGCAUGAAUGCUCGAUGCAUUCAAAAGGAUAAAAAAAAUACAAUUGUGACGUCAUUGUCUGCAAUUUUUACCAAUUUUUGAAAACUGUUUUCAGCUAUUCUCAGUGAAAAAAUAAAUUUUUUCUUUGGAAAUUUCUUUUUUUUUAUAAUGAAAACUUUUUUUGUAAAGGAAACGAAUAAACUCCUUUAUCAAAUUUUUAAACUAAAAAAUCUCCAUUAAAUAUUAACGUCCUACGCUCUGUAAAAUACAUCAAAUUGUCGAGAUUUAUCUUAAAUUUUCCACAUAAAAUUGCAUGAGAAAAAUUAUACCACCAAAUGAAAUUUUUUAAUACAAUAUAUCCCCACAAAAGGAUACGGAAUAAGACGCAAACUGGGAAGAAAGAUUUCACUUGGUGUGGUGAGCAUGUGGGUGGCAUUCGGAGAUCUCAUUCAAGAUGAAUGCAAAAUAUCCCAAAAGCUUUUCUUCUUUUUUUUUCUUCUUCUCAGAAGAAGAAGAAGGAAAAAAAGCCACAUUGCAUUAUUCAGAGUGGCAAAAAAGAGAGAGAUUUUCUUUUGUGUACAAGAUUGUAUCACUCAGUCAGCAAAGUGCAGCAGAGAUUCAUUUUCAAUGUAAUCUCUGUGUGGUUUGUAGAGAACAAUAAAUCCCCAUAUUGGGAUUUAUAUAAGGAAUAGUUCCCUGGGAAAAGGUAUAUCGGAGAAGGGGAAAGUUUGUAUUAUUGACGAAGAUUGGAAAAAUCGCAAUUUAUUGAUUGAUUUCUCAUUGCCGACAAGAUACGGGAAUUAAAGGAAUCUUUAGGGUACACGUGGGUUUGUGGCAAAUACUUUUUAUCAAAUCGAUAAAUAAAAAACAAUCACAAAUAAAAGGA